AUGUCUGUCUUAGAUUUUCCGCAGUACGCUGAUGGCGAUGUGAAGCUCACCAUCCACCCGGAUGGCUAUCGGUUGCAUUCGAACCGACUCUGCGAACACUCAAGGGUUCUGAGGUGCCUGCUAGGACCGCCAAACGAAGUCUAUCCACUGCCACAUAUCCAGGGAAUGGAUAAUUUGGGUGUUUAUAAUCUCUAUCUUAUUGGCGAAGCUGCCCACAAGUUCGGGGUCUUCCAGCUUCAGGUGCCCCGUCAGUUUACGAGCGAGAUCAGAGGCUUUCAGGCUGUGGAUUACAUCCCAGUCUGGCCGAUGAAAACCCGUCGGUGCUGGGAGAACAUCUUUAGGAUGUUUUAUUUGCUGCCGCCAAUCCUCCACGACGAUGGACCGGAAAAGAAUUUCCUGGACAACAGUUGGAGAGUUGCUGAGCUAGCAUCGGAGAUUGAGGCGGAAAAUUAUAUCUUUCCUAUCCUCGGCGCAGCACUGGAGGGCUACGAGCAGGAGCUAUAUUAUUCUAUCUCAAAUGACCCGAUCGGUUGGGUGAACUUGGCUAUAAGAAUCCAGUCACCCACGAUCUUCCGAGAAGGCAUUAUUCACAUCGUUGGACGCUGGAACUAUGUGACGGAUGAGGGCCACGCUUUGCUCCCUGGCCAGAUCCGUGAGCUUUGUGAGAGAAAACAUAGAGAUCUGCAAUACGACAAGUGGAUGAUAGAAAUGAACAUCCUCAACCACCCCGUCGCUGAUCCACAUGAUAGAGACAUCUACAUGUGGAUGGCCAAAGCAUUUUAUCAGCAGUGGCUAGGCAACUCCAUUGCUGAAAAAAAGACAUACCGUUCUUUGGAUGGUGGGGCUGCCUUCUACCGCGCCAUCAAUGCUGGUGGCGAUGCCUAUCUUCCAAUAACCGAUCCCCAGACCAACCUCAUCUUACUGCCCAUUAGACAAGACGAGGUUACACUCGUCGAAAACCGCCUGAAUGCCUUGAAGAAUGCUGUAAAGCAUCUGGUUGAUAACCUACUUCGGAACAGAUCGCGGUUCAACCCCUUAGUAUGGGGCGAUUUACAUUAUUUGACAUGUUGUGAAGUCAAUCAGCAUGACAUCCCUUGGCUGGCAGAUAGGGCUGCACAUGAAGAUGUAGCUCUUAUGCAUACCAUGAACCCUGCUGUGCCCCUAAUGUACAGGGACAAUAUUCAAAUGGAGACACGUCAAAUCCACACGCCUCGCAUCCCCCAGAUACUUAUCGAGAACCCUUUGCCGGAGAACAAUCCCCAGAUAGUUACCCAGCGUCUCGCAUCUCCCUACUCCCCAUCACUGGAAAUAUCCCCUGAUCGCAGCUCUAGUCAGCCCCGGAGUGAGCUGACCUACGCUGUCCAUGAGCCUGACUUGUCAUCGGAUAACUCUCAAAGCAGCUUCAUCAGCCCGCCUCAGUGGGAUGAAGAGGAUGAUUCAACGGCGCGAACCGAAGCCGAGCACCCAGUGAUACCGGCUUUCGAUGAUUUUAUACAGACAUAUCCCGAGAUGUUAAGUGGAGGAGAUAUUACCUUGGUAAAUAAUGCGAGCCCUGCCUUCAUGUCUUCCAAUGUCAAUGUUGAAAGCCACGGACAUAAUACUCAGCACGAUGGCUGA